AUGGGUCCAACGCGCACGAUCGCUCACUGUGGUUUGGUGUCCGAUCUAUUGCAGCAACUUCUUGAAGGCAAUUCAGACACGAAUCUCAUUGUUUGUGCGACAAAAGCCGCGUUCCUGGCACAGUUGACAGCAGCCAUUCGUUCACAACGCGCCGAUCCAACCGCUGCCGUCGGCCAUGACCUGCUUACGAAAACCAUUGGGCUACUUGCAAGAUCCAGCAAAAUACGUUUGACGUUUUGUCCCAGUUUAGAAAGUCUCAGGGCAUAUCUGGCUGUCUUCAGUCCUGUUGGCGGAGUGGCUGCCGAAGACAGAACCCAGUGCCAUGACCGACAUCUCCUUGUGAUCCUUGACAUGAUAGCUUUGCAUGUUACGACUUCAGAGUUCUCAGCCCAGGGAAUUUCAAGAACGCUUGCUUCUGCUGUCGAAGCCGGUUUUAGGGCGGGGAUGGAUCUCCGACUUUAUGAGUGUAUCAAUGCUCUAGACCCUUCAUGUGCUGAUUGGGGAAGAAACCUCUGGGAUGUGAAUGUGCCCUUGCUAAAUGGUUCAGUGCGAAUGCGAGGCGACGAAAGUAUAGGGAAUAAACGAGGUGUCACAGUGAAACGGGUGGCUGAACGCUGGUUCAAGUUCGACCAAAACUAUUGA